GAUUCAGAAAGUAAGGAAAAGUCCCACAUUCUAACCGACACGUAACAUUACCCAGUUGCGUUUGUAAUAUUUCUUUAAACACUGCCCUCCUCCCUGUAACUUCGCACCCUGAACGUUUAAUUUUAAGCAAGUGCUGUUUGAUUAAAUGAUUGCAAUUUUGAGCAUGUUGCAAGUUGCAGAAUAAAUGAAGCACUCAAAUCAAGAGAAGGUCAAACUUAUUAGAAUACACCAGGAACAUACGGAGAAGAACAUCUGCUUAUGCUGCAUUGCAAUUGGAAGUGUCAUGCAAGAUUUGAUCAUCUCCUUCAGUUGGCCAUUUUCGCAUCAAACUGUCUUUGGAGAAAGUCAUCAAGAGAUGCCCACCAUAUGGGCUGAAGUAAUGGCAGUUUUGCCACCCAAAUUAGAGGACAUCAACUUGAAGUUCAACAAAACAGUGAGCGAGAGUCUUAUUUUCUUACUAAAGCAGGCAGCAAUGUUACUGUAUGAAGGCCAGGACAUUGCCGAAUGCCUGCAGAUGAGUCAGACUAUUAUAGACUACUCCUGGGAGAAGCUCAACGUUGGAACUUGGAAGGACGUGGACAAGGAGUGGAGGAGAGUCUUUUCAUACGGCUGUCUCUUUAAGGCUGUGUGCCUGUGCAAGGAUGGAUCAGCAUUUAGAGAAGCAAUAGAAACUUGUGACAAAGGGUUGUUGAUGGGAAUGGCCAUAAUGGACAACAUCCUCAUCAGACUGGUUAAAGUCCUUCAGAAUCACAAUAAACCUAAGAAGAGAUCUCUAGAAGAUGUUGGAUCACAUCAGAAUUCCUGCCACAAGAGACUGCAGGUUGCUCUCCCUUUGAUAAAGGAGAUCCAAACUGGAAUGGAAGUUCCAAGGGUCCAUUGCCCUUCACUGGAACGUUUCCGAGCUCAGCACCUCAUUCCGCACAAGCCUGUCAUACUGCAGGGCAUUGUUGAUCAUUGGCCUGCUGUGAAGGACUCCAAAUGGAGUGUGGAAUACAUCCGAGAGAUUGCAGGCUGCCGCACUGUCCCCGUGGAACUGGGCUCUCGCUACACAGAUGAGGCAUGGUCCCAGACUCUGAUGACUGUGGGCGAGUUCAUUGACAAGUACAUACUGCAUCAGGAGGAGGGGAACCCCAUUGGAUAUGUAGCUCAGCAUCAGCUGUUUGAGCAGAUCCCAGAGUUGAGGCAGGAUAUCCACAUACCAGAUUACUGCUGUCUUGGUGACAAGGAUGAAGAUGAGAUCACCAUUAACGCCUGGUUUGGACCAACGGGAACGGUUUCUCCUCUGCACCAGGAUCCACAGCACAAUUUUCUGACACAGGUGGUGGGACAGAAAUACAUCCGCCUGUAUUCGCCAGAAGAAACCCCAAAGCUGUAUCCCCACCCAACACAUCUUCUACACAACACCAGCCAGGUGGAUGUGGAAAAUCCAGACUUGGCGAAUUAUCCAGAGUUUGAAUUGGGUAAUUUCCAGGAAUGCAUCCUGAACCCAGGAGAGGUCCUUUUCAUCCCAGUGAAAUACUGGCAUUAUGUAAGGUCUUUGAAUAUCAGCUUCUCCGUCAGUUUCUGGUGGUCCUGAUUGUUGCUCGUAGAAUGUAAAACAUCGAGCUGUGUGAGAAUGCGUGUGAAUUCUAAAGCCAGAGGUGGAUACAUCAGCAAUUGACCUGACAUGGGAAGAGAUGCAGAGACUGAGGAAGAGAUUAAAAAGAACAAAGCUGGGUGGGAUCUGCAGAAAGUUGCACGGCCAGUGAGUAAAAGGUGGCUACAUGCAGGGUUUUGACCAUUACUGUGCCAGAAAUCACAAUUUCUCUGUGCAGCAGCUAAAGCUUCCACAUUAUACUGCAGUUCAUUAUCGGGAGCAACUCAAUUGCAAUGCAGCUGACCCCACGGGUGGAGAUUUCUACACGACUAACUAUGUUCAGUCCCACCUCCAGGCAGCUGAUAGUUCAGAUUGAAUAUGGAAGGUUAUGAAGACUGGCAAACCCAAAGACUUUGAGACACUUUUCAUUAGGUCACUCAAAAAUAAAAGCGAAGCGUUUUCAUUUGAAGCAUUCAAAAAUAUUGAUUUUAUUGUGCAAGUAAAGCAGUGGAUUUUUCUCAGUUAACGUGUCAGGCUCGUUCACGAUGCAGCAAAACCUUUAUCAUUGACGGGUGAAGGAAAAUGAUAUUCCUUCCUACUGAGCAAGGAGUAGUUGUCUGAACCCAAAAGACUUCCUGAGUGAAUGACAUGUUGGCCUUUAUAACAAGAGUCGAGUAUAGGAGCAAAGAGGUCCUUCUGCAGUUGUACAGAGCCAUAGUGAGACCACACCUGGAGUAUUGUGUGCAGUUUUGGUCCCCUAAUUUGAGGAAGGACAUUCUUGCUAUUGAGGGAGUGCAGUUUAGGUUUACAAGGUUAAUUCCCGGGAUGGCAGGACUGUCAUAUGUUGAGAGAGUGGAGUGGUUGGGCUUGUACAUUCUGGAGUUUAGUAGGUCGAGAGGGGAUCUUAUUGAAACAUAUACGAUUGUUACGAGUUUGAACACGGUAGAGGCAGGAAACAUGUUCCCAAUGUUGGGGGAGUCCAGAACCAGGGGCCAGUUUAAGAAUAAGGAGUAAGCCAUUUGGAACGGAGAUGAGGAAACACUUUCUCACACAGAGUUGCGAGUCUGUGGAAUUCUCUGCCUCUGAGGGCGGUGGAGACCGGUUCUCUGGAUACUUUCAAGAGAGCUAGAUAGGGCUCUUAAAGAUAGCGGAGUCAGGGGAUAUGGGGAGAAGGCAGGAACAGGGUACUGAUUGGGGAUGAUCAGCCAUGAUCACAUUGAAUGGCAGAAUGGCCUACUCCUGCACCUAUUGUCUAUUUGGGGCAGGAUCCCACUUAGUUUAAUUUAGAGAUACAGUGUGGAAACAGGCCCUUCGGCCCACUGAGUCCGCACCGACCAGCAAUCCCCGCACAUUAACAUUAUCCUACAUACACUGGGGACAAUUUACAUGUACAUCUCUAAACAUUUCCUAUCCAUAUAUCUGUUCAAAUGUCUUUUACAAGGGGUAACAUAACCAGGAAUUAUCUUAUAUUUUACAUAAUAGUUAAUAUCUGGAAUAUAGUGUAAUAGAAACAUAGAAAAUAGGUGCAGGAGUAGGCCAUUCGGCCCUUUGAGCCUGCACCGCCAUUCAAUAUGAUCAUGGCUGAUCAUCCAACUCAGUAUCCUGUAUCUGCCUUCUCUCCAUACAAGGGCCACAUCUAACUCCCUCUUAAAUAUAGCCAAUGAACUGGCCUCAACUACCUUUUGUGGCAGAGAAUUCCAGAGAUUCAACACUCUCUGUGUGAAAAAUGUUAUUCUCAUCUCGGACCUAAAAGAUUUCCCCCUUAUCCUUAAACUGUGACCCCUUGUUCUGGACUUCCCCAACAUCGGGAACAAUCUUCCUGCAUCUAGCCUGUCCAACCCCUUAAGAAUUGUGUACGUUUCUAUAAGAUCCCCCCUCAAUCUUCUAAAUUCUAGCGAGUACAAGCCAAGUCUAUCCAGUCUUCAUAUGAAAGUCCUGACAUCCCAGGAAUCAGUCUGGUGAACCUUCUCUGUACUCCCUCUAUGGCACAAUAGGAUACAAUUACUACAUUGGAGGUGUUUUGAUGACACUUAAACAAUCAAGACACAGAAUGGUAUGGUUAUUAUAUAAGCAAAUGGAACCAGAGUAGAUGGCCAAAAUGGUUGGCUUGAAUGGGGUGGGCCGAAGGACCUGUUUCUAUGCUAUAUGACU